UUCUACGGAGUAAAAUUUAGAGAGUUGCCCCAGAUCCAAAAAGUAAGUUCCAAAACCCUUAACAUUCUAUACUGAAACCAUUGUACUCAUCUCGCAAAAACUCCCGAAAAAACCCACAAGUAGUUCGACACCCACCACCGCCGCUACACAUCUGCACCACCGCUCCAUUGCGCCGUCCGCCUUCUGUCUACUUCCGACCUCCGCUGAGCGCUGGCUUCCCAAUGCUGAGGUUAGUGUGGUUAAUUUUUUUUUUUCAUAAUAUUAAUUCAACUAAUAACCUAGGAUUAUGAAUUAAAGAAUUCUAGCUUGUUAAUUGCAAAAAUAAAAGAGUAAGGAAUUCUUUUGGACGAAUUAUAGUGGAAUUAGAGUCGAAUUGCUUGAUGAAUUGCUGUAGAAUUGCUGUAGAAUUGCUUGAUGAAUUUCUUGACGAAUUGUUGUAGAAUUGCUGUCGAAUUGCUUGAUGAAUUUCUUGACGAAUUGCUGUAGAAUUGUUGUCGAAUUGCUUGAUGAAUUGCUGUAGAAUUGUUGUAAGCCUGUGGAGAAAGAUGAUUUCUCUGUGCUACUAAUAGAAAGGUUAAUGGAGAGAAAAUACAAAAACAGGAAACACAUAUAUUUAAAAAUUUGAGUUCACCUCAUGACCUUCUUUGUAAUAUCCGAUAAUAUGAUACGAAGUAUAAGAUUAAAAUAAAGAUAAAUAGAGCAUGCACUAAAAGGAUAUACAAACUACACAAAGACAGAUAGAGUGAAUUUAAGAACUGCUAUAAUUAGAAAAAUAGAGAUUCACUGAUAAAAGAGACUAUCACAUCCUAUGGUUGUUGAUUACAGGCAACUGAAAACUAUAAUGGUACUGGGUACAAGAAACACGUUAGAGCAGCAAAUGGUUCAAUAGAAUUAGUAAAUUAUUGUUUCUCUUAUUCAAAUAAUUUCUCGAUUUGUCUAUUUGGUUUUCACCAUUUAUGUUCUUCUGUUUCUGUUUUAGGUCACGUUUGAAAUGUUAGACCUGUAUGUUAAAACUGUACAAAAGAUUUGGUUACGUGGCUGGAUUGCCAACUGUUACCUCCCUCACUGGCUCACUUGCUGAUCAUUUUAAGUUAGUGAAAAAUUGGUCUCGUAAUUUGAUUUCAGCAGUUCAGUCUCAUCGAUUAGUAAGCAUUGAACUGUUAGAGAAUGUGUCUUUUGUUUUCAGGUUUUAUUGGGAAGUUGUUGAUUUUUCGUUGUCAAAAAUAUUAUUUUGAAAUCCACGACGAUCCUAUUAUCUUGCUUCUUGCCUUAUAUCGCUUUUGAAUUUUAUACUAAAUAGAAUCAGAAAAGAACCCUAGUUAAGUAAUAUGGUCUCUCCAAUGAAGGUGCAACUUUUAAGGUUGGCGAACUAAUUUGCAUCUUUAUUUUAAAACUGCUUGAUUCAAUGUUGCAUGCACAUGUAAAACAUGAUAGUCAGGACUAAGGAGACCUUGGAGGUGAUUCUAGCCCUCAUGAGGGCUGCAAGUUCUGCUGACUGUUUCUGCUGUUGCUCCACCUUUGGCUGAUCAUCGGCUGGUUCUAGUUCGACAAUGAUGGUUGAUUAUUUCACUCAUAUGUUUUGUUGCAGGUUCCUGUUUCAGAUGCUAAAGUUCCUUGGAAAGAUUUUUGUUUCUUGACUACUUGUUAUUUAGUUUGACUUUUGUUAUCUCUGUCGACCCCGAGGAAGAAAUUGAAACACUCCAGUCCUUACAGUAUAGUCUUGGAACCGUCAAGGUUGCAACAAACAGUUUUUCUGAUGACAAUUAUCUCGGAGAAGGUAGAUUCGGCAUAGUUUAUAAGCACUGUCAAGAUGUUUACUGCUUCGAGGAAGAUUCAAAAAGAAAGGGGUGUUAACCCAACUGACCUUGAGGAGAAUCUUGCUGAGGCAAUAUUUGACAUUGAGACCAACAACAAGGAUAUGGGAACUGAAUUGAAGGAUCUGUUUUUCAACUCUGUCGCUCAAGUUGACAUUUUGAACAACAAGAAGGCUAUUGUUGUCCAUGUUCCAUAUAGAUUGAGAAAAGCUAUAGCAAGGAAUUGCGGCGAAGAGGCUAGAAAGGAAUUCAGUUCAAGGAGACGUACUUACAGUUCAAAAAUGAAAUUCUGAUAUUAGCUAAGAUUCAGCACAGAAAUCUGGUUAAAAAAAGGAUUCUACUUGGAAGAAGAAGAAAUGCUUCUGAUUUAUUAGUUUGUGAUCAAUAAACCCUUGACAAUUUUCUGUUUGGUACGUAUUCUUGUAAAUACCAAAGGAAGGGGAAAAAGAAAGAAAUUAAGGUAUUCUGUAAAUAUUUAAUUUUUUUUCCUUUCCAUAUUAUAAACGCACCGUAGUAUCUUGUAAAACGUACGUUACUUUUUAAUAUAUUUAAUUUUUAAUAUUAUAUAA